AUGGUUCUUUUAACAGCCAUAUUGGAUCAAAAGGCCAAAAUCCAGAUGCGUGGAUUUGUGUAUGAUGGAGGGAUAGAUGGCCACAGUCGCUGGACUGAAUACAUAAGAUGUAGCCCACCCCAUGUUAGAGUGAUGCCCGCGGCCUUAAUAGUCCUGGUGCCAGAUGGGGAGUGCAGAGCCACACACAAUCUUCACACAGUAAACAGAUCUGUGGAGUUACACACACCAUGGAAAGUAGCUCAGCACUGUAACUGUGGACACAUGCUCCAAUUUCCUCAGAAUAAAAGACCACCUCAUCAUGAAUAUACGAAACACCUUUAUUAUCACCAGCAA